CAUGCGUGAUGAAGUAGGCCUGUGUAGGCUAAACCAGCUAGCCAAGUAUCUUUGGCUAAACUAUCGAAAACGUUCAAAUCCAACAACAAUAUGUAAAUAGCUUGGUAGCCUAACCGAUUAAUUCUGUAAACAAACGGGAUUUAAGAUGUCAGUAAGAAGACGUUCGAUACUUUCAAAGAAAAAGUAUGAGGACUCAGACAGACGGUGGGAUAUCUUAGGAAAUGAAGAUAGUGGGUACACAAUAUGCAUGAAGGAGAUCACUCUGUGUGAGGAAGAUGACAUCGACACAGAGAACUUUGUCUCUGAGGUGCUUGUGGGAGCCGUGCUGGAGCAUUUCCUGUUUAAGUGCCUCAUCCUCUUAGUCAUCAUCAGCAACGCCAUCAUCAUCUCAAUCCAGACGUCCAAUCCAGUUUUCACCAAGAAAUAUGAAAUUCCAUUCAGUGUAUGCGAACACAUAAUUCUCAGUGCUUUCACCUGGGAGAUCCUGGUCAAGUGGUUCUAUGGCUUUGCAGUUUUCUGGAGGAAUGGGUGGAACAUACUGGAUUGCGUAGUAACAGCAGCUCUGUUACUGGGACCUAUGAUCUUUCCGCAGGGGAGAAGUGUCUUCAAGGUCAUGAGGGUGCUCCGUGUGAUUCGAAGCGUCAGCAACUUCGCCAGCAUGCGCGGCGUGGCCAGGAUGAUGCAGGUCAUCUGGCAAUCUAUCCCCGACUUGGCAAACAUCUUCCUGCUCCUCAUCGUUAUCAUGCUGGUCUUUGCUGUGUUUGGAGUCACUUUGUUCAGCACUGCUGUGCCGUCGGCGUUUGGCGACCUCACGUCAUCCCUCUACACCCUAUUUGUCUGCAUCACUCAAGACGGAUGGAUGGACAUUUAUAACAGAUUCAAAGAGGUUGGACAAUCACAGCUGUACGGCGCUUCAGUGUACUUCUUCAUCUUCCUCACCAUCGGCGCCUUCAUCUUUGGCAACCUCUUUGGUGCCGUGGUAACCAUCAACUUAGAGAUGUCCAUGACUGACAUGGAUGAAAAAAGUGGCGAGAACCCAUUGAUGAUCUUGCCUGAGGAGAAUACCCUACAGAUGGACACCAUGGUCCAUGUGGAGAAGGUGGUGACCAAGACCAAAAUGACCAAGAGGCAGAAGCCGUGGAAAGGCACCUUUGUGGAGAGCCUGAGGAUGGAGACAUUCGAGGAGCUUCUCCUUGUCUUGUCCACCAUGCAGACCAACAUGAUGGAGUACAAGUCGAUUCGCCAGAAGCUGGAUAAGAUUGUGGAGGAGGUGCACAGCCUCCCCUUCAACAGGGAACAGGAAAACGCUGUGAUCAUGCGUGACCAAAGAGCUGCAGUACUGAAAAACACCAUCCUGAAGGAUGACAUUGCCAUGGGACGCACUGGAGACAUGCUGUCCACACUGAUGACCCUGGAGAAGGCUCACGUUAUUAACUCUGGCACGGACUCCCCGGCUAUGUUCCAGAAAGGUCUGCGCCAUGAAGCUAUGCGGAGAAUGUCUGUAGCCCAAGAUAACAAGCCACCACAAGCUAAAAGUGAUGCCUCCUCAAAAACCCCUCAACCAAAAGAAGAAACAGCUGAAAGCAGCACCAAGCACAAAUAAGGCAUUGCUGCAAUAUGUACUUCUUCACUAAAUAAAUACUGUAGCUAGAUAUAUCUACUAGGGUUAACAA